AUGAAUGUUUUUCUUCUUCCGGGAUCCCUCAUUAAUGAGAUAGAGAAAAUGUUAUACUCUUUCUGGUGGGGUCAUAAUUCAGCGAAUUAUCAAGGAUUACACUGGCUAUCUUGGGAACGCCUUUCAGUUCCUAAGGUGUUUGGAGGUAUGGGUUUUAAGGGCCUUAAGGCUUUCAAUAUGGCUAUGGUUGGCAAGAAGGUUUGGAAGUUGGUUUCUUCUCUAGAGUCUCUAAUCACUCGUUUACUCAAAGCUAACUAUUUCCCUCAAAGUUACUAUUUUGGAGCUAGCAUAGGCCAUAAUCCUAGUUAUGUUUGGCGUAGCAUAUGCAGUGCCAAAGACGUGAUUCGCCGUGGUUUUCAGUGGAGUAUAGGUACAGGAGAGUACAUUCCAGUUUGGGAUCACCCAUGGCUUAGUAAUGCUACACGAAUUUUACCGUUGACUCGUCUUCAUUUGGAGUGGCCAUCUAUCACUGUUUCUAACUUGUUGGUUAUAUCCCAAAAACAAUGGAAUGUGGAGCUAAUUAAUGCUUUUAUUGACAAUGCUAUUGCUAGAAAUAUUUUUAAUACUCCGUUAUUCCCAUCGAUAACUCAUGAUGUGCCUGCUUGGAAGUUUGAGAGGGAUGGUGCCUAUUUAGUUAAAAGUGUUUACAAGGAUAUUAGAGCACCUCCAAUGGUGCAACCCAACAUUAGUAUUAUAGGUGAGGUCCACAAUGCCACAUCAUUUCAAAGUAACUCAUCUAUUUUAUACUCCAAUGAUGUAACUCUUAAAAAAUUAUAUUGGGCCCACAAAUUUAACUCAUCUAUUUUAUACUAA